CUGCCACAUUAUGGACACUAUUUACCUUUCUUACACCAAUUUCUGCUAAGAUUGGGUUAGGAUAUCUUUUAUUAUGUCGAAUACUUUUGGGCGUUGGUGAAGGUGCAUGUUUUCCAACCGUAAAUUCCUUGAUUUCUGCUUGGUUUCCGAUAGAAGAGAAUAAUAAAGCAAUUUCGACUAUUGUGUUUGGACUCGUUUGGUCUAUAUUAUGGCAAAUUUAUGGCAAAAGCAGUCCAAAUGAAUAUUCAGGAAUUAGUCAAGAAGAGUUGGAUCUAAUUUUAAAAGGCAAACAAAAAAAUGAAAAUUUGAGUUAUCAUGGAGAAUCAACAACGAAUGAGAAUGAUACUGCAAAUUCUGAUGCUCCAUUAAAUAAUUUUGUAAACGAGGAAGAUAAUGAAUUCGGAUCUGAGGUUGAUGCACUAUUGCCAAAGAAAUCGAUGCCAAAUUCAAAAAAAAUUCCAUGGAAACUCAUUCUUUCACGUCUUGAAGUGUGGGCUAUAAUAAUUACUCAAUUUUGCAACUCAUUUGUGCUUCCUUAUGCCACACAAGGAACCGUUGGUAUUAUCGCUGGUGUUAUUUGUGACUAUUCAAUUAAUAAAUUGAAUAUUCAUGUACGAACUGUACGGAGAGCGGCUCAAAUAAUUAUUAUACAAGCCAUUUACAUAUGUUUAG